AUGACCGCUUGCGACGACAGCCCCAGCCACUCUGAGGAGGCUGAGCAAAGCGAGAGUGACGGAGAGGCGGAGGAGAAAGCGGAGGCAGAGGGCGAGCCUGACGUAGAGGACGCAGCCGACGCAGAGAGCGAGGCCGAGGCUGCUCACGAGAGCUCCGAAGAGGGCGAGUCUGAGGAGGAGAGGUCGGAGGACGAUGAGGAUGAGGAGGCUGAGGCGAAAGAGCAGCAGCCGGGGCAAACAGCUCCAAAGCGACCGCCUGCCUUGAAGUUGAAGCCCUUGCCGAGCUACAAGGGUGACAAGGAGACCCAGAUCGUCCCAGCAGACGAGCAGAGCAGCAGCAGCAAAGGUGAGAAAGGCAGGGAGAUCGCAGCGGCAGCUGAGUUGUCAGCCAUCGUGCCUGUGAGAGCGAACAGUGUGUCCCACAAGCGGGAGUGGGAUGUGUUUGCUCGCCAAGUUCAAGACCGCCGAAAGUUCCCUGCAAGCCUAGCAGGCCACCUCAGCAAGGAUAAGCUCGACUUGUUCAACCUUUGGUUACAGAACAACAAGUCGCUCGAGGAGGUCGCCCUACACAUGGAGAGACACGUCGAGGUGAAGAACGCGGCGCGGUCUGGCAGGGCUGGCAAAAAGGCCCGUGACAUACUCAAGGACUACCCAAAAGCAAAAGCAGAACGGCUCAUGAAUUUGCUACGAAGCAAAGGGAUGUGGUGUUACGAUGAGGAUUUUCCGGAGGAUGAAGAGGAGGUUUACUAUUACGUGGGCGAAGCCAGGAGGUUUUGGAGAGAAGACAGCACAGGGGAAAAAAUGUCCCUCAAGGCGACAAUCCAGCAGCCUGACCGCACCUUGCUUGAGGCAGUGACAUCCUCGGCAGGACCGCUAGCAGCCGGCGCGCUUCCCAGCCUGUGCACCGCCACAGCAGAAGGCGAGAAGAACGCUCUGGAAUCUACGUUUGGGGCAACCGCGAAACCCAAGCCGGCCAAGAGGGCCAGGAAGGAAGCGCCGGCCGAGGAAAUUGCGCCUGCUACCCUGAAAGAGCAAGUGGAAGGCACCAUGAACGAUGUGCUGAACCAAAGCACCGAAUCAAGGAAGUUGUCCCUAUCCUUGCGGGGGGUCCAGUACGGAGGGCAGCUCGUGGAGGAGCUGCUGACCUUCUCUAAGAACACAGAAAAACUUUAUGGCGCCAUGCAAACGGCCUGCCGGUGCGGAGACACCGACCACACCAUGCAGAAGCUUCUGCGCGAGUCAAAGCAGAAAGCGGAGUGGUUUGAGAAAGCGCAGGCGCAGGGCCCAACGACCCGCGCAAGUGCAAACGCUGCGUGCCACUUUUUCUUUCAACAUGUCAAAUGGUUUUGA